UGUUUCAUGUUUAGUAUCUGGAGUAGAGCAAGAAAAAUUAUUAUGCCUGUGUUCCCUUGGGACUCCUUGGAAAUUGUACAGUGACAUCUUCUGGGAUUUAGUCUGGUAAAGACGUACGUUCCCCUGGUAUACAGGGAAAGCUGUACAUCUGUAAAGCAUUGUCGCUGCCGUAAAAAGGAGUGUGCGGACUGGUGCCUAAAAUGGAAGUAGAUAUUAAUGGAGAGUCCAGAAGUACCCUGGCCACCCUGCCCUUCCCCGCGGCCGAGGCGAGCUCUCCGGCCAAGGCGGAGGCCGAGAAGCCCCGCUGCUCCAGCACCCCCUGCUCCCCGAUGCGGCGGACUGUGUCGGGCUACCAGAUCCUCCACAUGGACUCGAACUAUCUGGUUGGCUUCACGACUGGUGAGGAACUCCUGAAGUUAGCCCAGAAGUGCACGGGAGGCGAGGAGAGCAAGGGAGAAGCCAUGCCUUCCUUGCGCUCCAAGCAGCUGGAGGCAGGACUCGGCCGGUCCUCUCGCUUGUACAAAACCAGAAGUAGGUACUACCAGCCCUACGAGAUCCCGGCUGUCAAUGGCAGGAGGCGAAGGCGGAUGCCCAGCUCAGGAGACAAGUGCACUAAAUCCUUACCUUAUGAACCGUACAAGGCCCUCCAUGGGCCUCUGCCUCUCUGUCUUCUUAAAGGUAAGAGGGCUCACUCCAAAUCUCUGGACUACCUCAAUCUAGAUAAAAUGAACAUCAAGGAGCCCGCCGACACGGAAGUGCUCCAGUACCAGCUUCAGCACCUCACCCUCCGAGGGGACCGUGUGUUUGCUCGGAGUAACACAUGAGCACUUGCAGAGCGUCUCACCCAGUUUAGGCCGACCGGCGUGGGGUAGAAAAACCCGCUGUCUACUCUGUACAUGACUCUUCACGUUAUAGAUGGUUAUAUCAGCUAAGCGUGGCUGGAACAUAACAAUUGUUUGGAUCCAAUUUCGAAUACAGGAAGGAAAUCACAGGUACUUGGGGGGGGAGGUCAGUCUAGAGCACUGCAAAGAAAACAGAAUGUUGACCAUUAGUUUGUAUAGCUUUUUAGCUAGGGGAAAAAAGGCUUUGGUGCAGUAAUUUCAUCUUUAUGAUUCUGACGCUCAAAUUGGGAAUGUUAUCUGCUUGGGUGUUGCUGACUUGAUCCAUUAGAAAUUUAUAUCUUAAGUAUUCAAGUACUUCUUGAAUCUCUGUAUUUUACUAUAAGCUGUAUGUAAUGGUUUGUUUUAUGAAAUUUAGAACUUGAACAUUGCCGAAUUGGACCACUUUUUAUUUUUAAAUAUUGAGUUUAAAUAUUUUAUAACUGGUUUUGCACUGAAAAAAAAAAACAAAAAACCUAACAUUUCAGAUUAAGAGAAUAAUCUUUCUUCACUUGCCUCAAUAAUACUAUUGAGCAAUGAAUUUUUUUAUUUCCGCAUGGAAAGUUAUUGAUCUCUAUGGCUGUAAAAUAUUUCUUUAUAGCAUUAUUAAAGUGUGUCUUAAUAAAAUUAAAUUUGGGAUACAAAGUAUUUAUUUUACAAUGGGCGGGUGGGGGAAGCUUUUCCAGAAAGCUUCCAAUGUGGAGUUUUCCUAAGUUGAAAACGUUUCCUUAGUGCAUAUUUUCUAAUUUAAAAUUCAUCUGGAACUUUAAAAUGGAAAGGAUUCUUUUAAUUGUGGAUUAUAGGCAUCACACUGUUUGCAUCUGAAUUUUCUGUGAGCGAAUUGGACUUGAAUAGAGGAGCUCCUGAUUUCUACUCCCGAAUGCCACACUAAGGAUCGAGCGACACUGUUCAGCAUGGCAUCAGGUCAUUUCAGUUUUAGUUCCCGUGCAGCGUGAGCACUGAGCGCAAGUCCAGUUUCUGGGAUUAGUGCAGGAGCCUAAAGUGCUUCUGCAGUUUUAAUGGGUUAAUCCUGGAUUACUUAACAAUUUAUGUCAAUUGCACUGGUUUAAUUUGUUGCUAAAGAAAUAAUGCCCUAGCUUUAGUAACAAAUACAGCUCAACUAUUCUUGAAUAGAUUUUGAAACAAACAAAAAAAUGUAUGUAAUUUACCUUUUGUAAACGUUUCUAUUUUAUUCCCCUUUUUUUGGACUCUUGAAGGUGCAAUUUAUUACCAAAUUGGCAUUUCCAGCAGCAUAGAAUUGCUCGUUUUCAGUUUUAUUUUUGGAGGGGGGGCUGUGAGUUUCUUAGGUGUUUAGCAAUUUUGCUUAUAGAAUAAGAACACCUCUUCAUUAAUGAGUGGGUCAUUCCUGGUGCAAUUGUGGUUUGUCUUUAGCCAGGAUGAAUGACAAACUUUCUUUAGAGCAGAGUAAGUAUAAGAAAACUCUAGCAAACUGUUCAUCCACAUUUAUUAUGUGUUCACUAAGGCAAAUGAAAGAGCCUUGAGGAAGCUGGCUGUGUCAGUUACUGAGUUGGUCAGAUUUCUUGACGGGGGUGGAAAUUUUCAGCUGUUGUAUAUUUUAAAGUAAAUUGCACCUUUGUAACAUAUUGUAUCAACGAAUGAUCACUAAGAUUAACUAUAUCUCUACAGUCAUUAGUUUGACAAGAAAUAGAAUCCUGUCAGAUGCCAAAGAGUUGGGAUUUUUACGUUUAAUGAUUAAACCCCGUUAUUUAUUGAUGAUUUACCCUGUGGAACUGUAUUAUUUCUAAUUAUGAAAUAAAAGGGUGAUGUAAACA